AAAGAUGACACGGGGAAUAGAGAAUCCAAUUCCUGAACCCCCUAGAUCUUGAGUAUUAAAUGCAAGAAAAGACCAACCGUGAGAGAUGAGCCCCCCCCUCCCCCCCAACACAUUGUUUCAUUUUUCUACUCUCGUUGUCCCUUAGAACAGGGAGAAAAUCAUGGCAAAUUUCCCUACUACAAAUCUUUCUCUUCCUCCCACACCAUAAAAAAAAAAAAAGUCUCUAGCAAGAACCAACUCCACUUGUGAACAAAACCAGCAAAUCCAACAAAGCAGAAAAGCAGCCUACCAUUAGUAUAACCAAAAGCGGCGUCAAUUGGCAAUAAUACUGUAAUCACUUUGGCUUGAGACUUGGGUUUGAUUAUCCUUCAGAGAGUCCCAGAAGCAGAGAAAGGUCAUCAGUGAGAUGGAGAUUGAGUUGGUGCGAUGUGAGUGCUGCGGAUUGAAAGAGGACUGUACCCAGGACUACAUUAGUGAGGUGAAGGCAAAAUUCGACGGGAAAUGGCUUUGUGGCUUGUGCUCAGAAGCUGUUAGAGAUGAGGUGAGUAGGGGGAAGAAACCAUUUGGAAUGGAAGAAGCUGUAAUGGCUCACAUGUCAUUCUGUCGGAAAUUCAAGUCCAACCCCGCAGUCCGAGUUGCGGAUGGGAUGAGACAGAUGCUCAGGAGGAGGUCAGGGGAUUUUUCUUCCCCAAAAUCAUCAUCAUCAUCUUCUUCUUCUACUUCCAAGAAGUACCUGAGAUCGGCAAGCACAUCGCAAGUAGGUGAUGAAUCAUCAUUCUCGCUUUACUAGUUACAGAAACUGGGUGAGGAGGGGGACCUCUUCUCGGUUUGAAUAAGUAUCCAGCUUUUCAUGGCCAAUUCUCUUCUUCUCUUGUACAGAGAAUGUAAUUCCAAUGGAGGCUUGAUGCUAGUUCUGUUUUUUCUUAAGUUGGGUAUGUUCUUCAUCGCUUUUUCCAUGUUUCCACUCUAGCUACAUGAGAAAGAGAAAAUUUUAUCAGUAGACUUACUGAAACUUGCCAACUAUAGAAGAGAUGAAGAAAAAACACAUAGAAUCCUGCUUUCCAAAACAAAUAUAAGAAAGACUACUGGAAAACCUACCUAUCUUUUCAUGUCUUUCACUAGUUAUUAUUGCCCAACAAAUUAGGUAAAGAAACGCCACUAAAAAACCCAGUUUUGUUUUCUUCAGAGUUGAGUUAUUUCUUCCUUGUUAAGCUUACUUUCUGUUGGGUGUUUCUAUUAAUCUUGCUACUGGGUUUUCUUUGCCA